AUGAUGAGGAUAAUUGAAAACCCAAAGUGUAUUAGGAAUUUCACUAGUCAACCCACCAUAUCAUCCAUUCCUAGUACAUCACGUCAUCAACCGGCGAUGACAUUACUUCAAGUACGUGAGUUGCUUGCCAAAAAUAGAGAGGAGUAUGACGAGCUUAUUGAGUUAGAGAAAAAGUUGAUUAGCGGCGGUAAUUGUGGCAAUGAAUUUGAAGAUGAAACUGAAGGGGAAGAACAAGAACGAGAUGAUGGGGAGGACGAGGAGGAUGGUGAUGAUCCAAGUGAUGGGGAGGAUGGUGAUGAUCCAAAUGAUGAGGAGGAUGAUGAUGACAGUGAUCCUAAUGUCGGGGGGAAUGUUGUUGAGGAUGAUGAGGAUAAUACAGGGGAACAAGGUGAACAAAGUCAUGAAGAGAUGAGUAAAGAUGAAGAAAGGAGUGGGAAAAAAGUGGUGGCUCUAAAUACAAGAGGAAGGAAAAACAACCAGAGAUGA